CCGAAGAAAAUUUGGUUGAAGGAGGAGGACUUAAGCGGUGGGUGGAUACCCGUUGGCAUACUAUGUAUGAUUGCGUAUUUUCGAUUAUAAGACAUAAAGUGCCUCUAGAAAUAAUUCGUAAUAGUGAUAAUGUAAAUGUUUCAGUGCA